AUACACUGGCCUCAUCUCAGGACGGAUAUGGUAUAAUUCCAGGAGUUUAAUAAAAUAAAAGAUAUCCAUGUUGUGAACCUAGAUUAUGAUAAAAUGAUUUUAUCAAUAAUACUUCCAGUGAUUUUACAAACUGUUGUCUGUUCAGCGGAGCUAAUUACUGAACCUGAAGCUAGGUUUGGAGAACUAGUUUCUAGUGAUUCUGGGAUACAUGAUCAAGCAGGAUUAGAGACUGAACUAGAUAAUUUCGUUGAUCAAGGUGAUAAUGAAAGAUGGGAGGAAGAAUCAAGGAAAACAAGCAAAAUUAAAGAAGACAGAAGACAUUAUAAAGUGAAAACUAUAGAAGAAGAAAAAACGACUGAAGGUGCAGCGGAAGUAUCGUCCACAUGGACGAAUGAUGAAUUUAAUAAGAUAGAUGAAGAAAAGAUGAAGGAAGAAUAUAGAAUGAACGGUGGAGUACAUAUUAACCAGAAAACCGGAGGAUUAAGAAACAUUGUGGUAAAAAUUCCUGAUUCCUUCGAUCCAAGGGACUGCGAUCAGAUUCUAGAGAAUAUUCAGGCUGGGUUAGAGUUGAUGAGUAGAGAGGUUUAUCAGAGUUUAAAUAGAAGAAUUCUACUUGAAGAGUUCCAGAUUUAUGUACCUAGUACAUGGACUCAAGAUCAUUGUACUCAAACUAUCCUAGAAUCCAGCCAGCUCCAGGAUGCUAGUUUACAGAUUACACCUGGAUCUGUUGGUUCCCAACCCUAUACUCAACAAAGACAAGGUUGCGGAGAACCAGGAGAUAAUAUAUUCAUACCUUACUCCUACCUUCUCCUCAACUCUACAGAGACAGGACGUAGAUUAGGAAAUCUCUGGUUCCGUCUUAGAUACGGAGUAUUCGGAGAUAUUGACUCCGACCUAGAUCUUGUAUCAAGACAAUAUUCUCAAUGUCUGGGUAAAACUGUCAAGGAUAUUAUUCUCCAACAUGAAGAUUUCUCUAAACCUAAACCUAUCUCCUAUCCUAACUUUACUACACCUCAGAUAAUCAUUAUGAAGAGAAUACAACCUAAGUUUAUUAUUCUCCUUGAGAACUCAGUUGAGAUGAACCAUCAAGAUUACUGGGAUUAUAUCAGGACAGCUUGUAAGAAGUUUAUACUCCAUGAUCUACCUGAAGAUACAGAACUUGGUCUUGUUCUAUUCAAUGAUGAUGCUCAUAUCUCCCAUCCUGUAGGUAGAUUAGGACCCAGAGUAAUCUCUUCAACCAGGAACGGUUUAGCGUUCUCAAUACGAACCAAGCAUAAUCUAUCACCUAGAACUGGAAGUUGUGUAAAAUGUGGAGUUAUGAAGGGAAUAGAAGCUUUACAGAUAUCUGGUGCAUCAAGAGGAGGAGUUAUUAUUAUUAUUAGUCGUGGAGAUUCAUCAUCCUUUACAAUCCAGGAUGAGAUAGAAUUAAACCAGGUUUCAUCAAAACAUCAACUUCAGAUAUUUACAAUCUCUAUUCCUCAACCCAGUGUAUCAGAGCUUUCAAUACCAUUGGAGAGAUUAUCUUAUACUACUGGAGCACAGAGUUAUCUGGUUUCAACUCAAUCUCAAGAAGAUAAACCUUCUCUAUCUGUUUAUAUGAACCUAGUAGAUUCUCUUAGAGAGAUAUUAUCAUCAGUUCUACCCUACUCAAGUCAACUGAUAUAUGAGCGAAGAUUUGAAGGAAGCAUGGAUAUGGAAAGAGAAGAAAAGGAUAGUUUUAUUAUUGAUAAAAGUGUAGGUGUAAAUACACAGUUUAAUGUAUAUUUCCCAGAAAUAACUGAAAGUUAUAUUAAAUCUUUGAGUUUAUCUGAUACAAGAAGAACAAGAUAUUCAACAUUAAUGGAUACUACAGCUGGUUUACAUUAUUAUACUAUAUAUAAUGUACCCUGGGAUAUACCUGAGAAUAUUGGUAUGAGAUGGAAUUAUAGUUUAGUGAGAAUACCAUCUCCUAUACUACAAUGUAGUCAUGUGAUACAAGUUACAUCUAGUUCAUCUUCAAACCAUGAUAAACUAGAUAUAAAGAUAUCUAGUAACAAGGAUAAGUUUAAUGCUAGUGUAACACCAGAUUCUCCUGUUAUACUAUACACAGAACUACGGUACAACCAGAAACCUGUUCAUAAUGCUAGGAUUGAAGCAAAGAUUGAAGGAAUAAACAGAGCUGGAUUAUCCAUACCUUCAACCAGUAUAAUUCUUGUAGAUUCAGGUUCAGGGGAUCCUGAUAUUUAUCCAGGAGACGGAGUUUACUCCAGGUAUCUUACAAGUAUACAGGAGGAGGGUAGAUACACUGUAUCCGUCCAUGUAUCCAGUACUCCUAGUUCUCCAGCCUACCUGGAGUCAGGUUCAGGUCAAGAGGAGCUGGGUGAGUUCUCACGAGUAUUCUCCGGGUAUAUAUUUCAUAUAUCAAGUGUACAGAGAAGUACCGUGGAUAUUUCUCCUCCGUCAAGAAUAUUGGAUUUAACUGUUCAGGUUUUAUCAUCUCAAGGAGAAUUUGAGUUUAAAUGGACAGCUCCUGGAGAUAAUUAUGAUGAUGGUAAACCUACUUCUUAUAAACUCUUUUAUACUCAGGAUCCAAACAGUUUUUAUAAAUAUUCUCAACCUGGAUCUGAGCUUCAUCUUGUUCAGGGAUUUAGUGGUUCUAAACCUAGUGGAGAAAAUGAAUCCCAUCGUAUUCUAGUUCAGGAUUAUAAUAUUAACCUAUACUACUGUAUACUGGGGGUAGAUAAUCAAGGUAAUACAGGAGAAAUAUCUAAUAUUGUUGUAGCAUACAUGCCUCAACCCUAUUCUCCACUUCUACAUUCAGGACAAUCAUUGAGAGAGCAGGGUCAGCUCAGAGAAGGUUUGUUCAAUCCGUUCCAGGUGAUCAAGGAACCCAACAAGAUUAUCAUGUAUGCUGUUGUUGGAGUUGUAACUGUUGUAGUUUUUACAUUUCUUGUUGUUAUGUUAAUCCUAGUUGUGAGCAGGAAACUAAAUAGAAGAGAAGAUGAACCAGAACCUUUAGAUCCAGGAUUCAAGGAUAAUGAUCUUGUCAGAUUCUCAAGUAUUGAUCUUAACAUACACGGAGAUUCAAAACCUUCUCAGUUUAUCUCCAGGAUUGAUCCAUAUACAGAGAUUGGUCCUGACUCCAACUACAACUCCCAGGAUAAACUGUUCUACAGCCAUGAGAACCUAUAUCAGCAGGUUACAAUCACGACCUCCAGUAUAGAUCUGAACCUAGCGUCUUCUGCUAUAUAUGCUAAACCUCUCCCUAGAAGUGAGCGAGGUUAUAAAUCCAUCUUGAAGAAGAGAAGAGAGGACGGAGAUGGAGAUUCAAGCCCAUCAGAGCUCUCGGAUACACAACACUCCAAUCUUGCGUCGGAACAUUCGGGUUCUGGAAACUCGUAUCUUGAGAGCUACCUGGAGACCAACCUGGAUAAUCUAUCCUUGAAACAAGGGCCCCCAACCCUUCCUAAACCGUUCUUAUCCCUGGAUAUAACUCAGGAUUUGGCUCAGGGGCCCUAUACAAGUCCAGAUUUGUUGUACGAAUCCAGUAAACGGAUAAGAACAUGUACACAAGUUUAACGCACUACAUGUAAAAUCUCAACUUAUUCAUUUAUGUACUUACAUAUCUGUUAUAAACAUUUUUUACAAUUGCUCUUCGUAAACCAAAGAUUUUAUUAAUCAUUAUCUUUUCACCCUAAAUGUUGUUUUCCUUACACGCUCUAGUCUAAACUAAAUCAUAAAAAUUCAUUCAGUUCAUGGAUAAAUUGGGAGGUUUUCCCCUGUUGAUUAUACAUAUGUAAUUUUUACAAACAUUUUCAUACUUUUUGUAAAUAUUUGAUUACAAAAUUUCGCUUCUCAAAUAAAUAUCAUUAUUUUACAGAAUGUAGAAUUGUAAAAGUUCUUAUAUUAUGCUUAGUGUACAUGAAUGUACGAGUACAUAUGUUGUUUGUUUGUGA